ACUUUCCUUCAGCUGCGGGAUGAGCAUCUUAUAGCGCUGCACAGGAUCGAAGUCCUGUUGCUGUUGCUGCAAAAGCCCGCUCUGGGCAGGUCCCACAAGCUGUGUUGGUGGUUGUGGCUGCUGCUGGGGACCAGAGCCACCGGCCGAACCCGGACCUGACACACUAGUGGCAGAGGAAGCCGCGGAAGCCUGCUGCUGGGAUGCAGCCAUCUUCCUCGCUUCGCGCGCGGGAAGUGCGUCAGAAGCGCGUCUUCCCGGUUUCUUUUUAGCUUCUUCGUCUCUAGGCCCCGUUUGCUGAUUAGCUCCGCCUCCCAGAAAAUUUAACCAAUGGGAGGAAAGAACCCACCCUCCAACUCGACUCUCAAAUCCGACGUCUAGACUGAGAUACCGAUUCACCAAUCACAAGAGGUUUCCCUGCCUUGCUCCGCCCUUUGCCCAGACGCUCGCCAGUCCGGGUGUGGUUCCAAUCAGACUCUAUUUCCCAGAAGGCCUCGCCGCCUGAGGCGACCUGCGGUCCUUAGAGCAUUGGCGGCAGUUGGUGGUUCUGGAGCUGUGAGUCAGUCCCUGGCGUUGUUUGCGCGUUUACCUGAGUACUACGUAGUACUCCAGUGUUGCGGGAACUCUUCUCACCAGCCCACCUCACUCCGACCCUAUCCCCGAGGAGAACGGUGUCAACCCGAGCCCUGCCUCGGAUUGGGCGUGCGCCGAAGUCGGCACGCCUUUUACCGUGGCUCUCUGAGGCUCUUGUCAGGACUUCUCUCGCGUCGUCGCCAUGGCGCCCACUAUCCAGACCCAGGCCCAGCGCGAGGAUGGCCACAGGCCCAAUUCUCAUCGGACUCUGCCUGAGAGGUCUGGAGUGGUCUGCCGAGUCAAGUACUGCAAUAGCCUCCCUGACAUCCCCUUCGACCCCAAGUUCAUCACCUAUCCCUUCGACCAGAACAGGUUCGUCCAGUACAAAGCGACUUCCUUGGAGAAACAGCACAAACAUGAUCUCCUGACUGAGCCAGACCUGGGAGUUACCAUUGACCUCAUCAACCCUGAUACCUACCGCAUCGACCCCAGUGUACUCCUAGAUCCAGCUGAUGAGAAGCUUUUGGAAGAGGAGAUUCAGGCCCCCACCAGCUCCAAGAGAUCCCAGCAGCAUGCAAAGGUGGUGCCAUGGAUGCGGAAGACAGAGUACAUCUCCACGGAGUUCAAUCGUUAUGGCAUUUCCAAUGAGAAGCCUGAGGUUAAGAUUGGGGUUUCUGUGAAGCAGCAGUUCACUGAGGAAGAAAUAUACAAAGACAGGGAUAGCCAGAUCACAGCUAUUGAGAAGACUUUUGAGGAUGCCCAGAAAUCUAUCUCCCAGCAUUACAGCAAGCCCCGAGUGACACCAGUGGAGGUCAUGCCUGUCUUUCCAGAUUUUAAGAUGUGGAUCAAUCCUUGCGCUCAGGUAAUCUUUGAUUCAGACCCCGCCCCCAAGGACACAAGUGGUGCAGCUGCAUUGGAGAUGAUGUCUCAGGCCAUGAUCAGGGGCAUGAUGGAUGAGGAAGGGAACCAAUUUGUGGCUUACUUCCUGCCUGUGGAAGAAACACUGAAGAAACGAAAACGGGACCAGGAAGAGGAGAUGGAUUAUGCACCAGAUGACGUGUACGACUACAAGAUUGCUCGGGAGUACAACUGGAAUGUGAAGAACAAGGCUAGCAAGGGCUACGAGGAAAACUACUUCUUCAUCUUCCGAGAGGGUGAUGGGGUUUACUACAAUGAGUUGGAGACCAGGGUCCGCCUGAGUAAGCGCCGAGCCAAGGCAGGGGUUCAGUCGGGUACCAAUGCCCUGCUUGUGGUCAAACACCGGGACAUGAAUGAGAAGGAACUAGAAGCCCAGGAGGCACGGAAGGCCCAGCUGGAGAACCACGAACCCGAGGAGGAAGAAGAGGAGGAAAUGGAGACGGAAGAGAAAGAAGCUGGGGGCUCAGAUGAGGAACGAGAGAAGGGCAGCAGCAGUGAGAAGGAAGGCAGCGAGGAUGAGCGCUCAGGCAGUGAGAGUGAACGGGAGGAGGGUGACAGGGACGAGGCGAGUGACAAGAGUGGCAGCGGUGAGGAGGAAAGCAGUGAGGAUGAGGCCCGGGCUGCCAGGGACAAAGAGGAGAUCUUCGGCAGUGAUGCUGAUUCGGAGGACGACGCUGACUCUGAUGAUGAGGACAGAGGACGGGCCCACGGCAGUGACAAUGAUUCAGACAGUGGCAGCGAUGGGGCUGGCCAGCGGAGCCGGAGCGCCAGUCCCUUCCCCAGUGGCAGCGAGCAUUCUGCUCAGGAGGAUGGCAGUGAAGCCGCAGCUUCUGAUUCCAGUGAAGCUGAAAGUGACAGUGACUGAGUCCCAGGGCCUUCAGGGCUGGUGCAGAUACCGUUAUUUCGUGCAGGAAGGCACUUUUCGAGUGGUCUCUUUGUGAGCCUUUUGCUUUGUUCCCCUCUCCUCCAAACCUCUGCUGUUAAUAAAGCCAACUUCUCUUUA